AUGCUGGAGGCUAUGAGGCAAGAACGCCUCGUGGCGGUGCAUGCCUUCAACGCAACUAUGUCUGCUUUCGAGAAAUGUCACCGAUGGCCAGCGGCAAUUCAGCUUUAUGGGGACAUCAAUCGAUAUGAGCUGCAGCCUGAUGUUGUCACCUGCAAUGCCUUGCUGUCCGCUUACGAUCGUGGAGGUCAUUGGCCCUAUGCCGUCGCUUUUCUCGACGAGAUGGUUCAAGGUCAGAUGGCAAACGACAGACUUCAGCCUAAUGUUGUGACUUACAGCACAGUUAUCUCUGGCUGCGAGCGGGGACGAGCAUGGCAGCAAGCACUGAAGGUAUUCUCCGAAAGCUCCGGCAUUAAGGGAGACACUGUGAUCUUCAAUGCCGCACUUAGUGCCUGUGAUCGAGGAUCUCUGUGGCUGAAGGCUCUAGAUAUCUUAGCAGAGAUGCACAAGGCAGGACUACGGCGAAAUCUGGCCACCUAUGGAUCUCUCAUAAGUGCAUGUGGCAACGCACUCCAGUGGCAGGCAUCUUUGCACUUCCUGCAGCAACUACAGACAACCAAAUUGGAGCCUGGUGGGAUCGUGCUAAAUCUGUGCAUCAACGCUUGCCGCAAGGCCGAGCAGCUGCAUGCAGCGCUGGGUAUCUUCAAGGAAAUGCUGAAAAGGUCAGAGGAACCUGAUGUUUUCUGCUACACCUCCAUGAUCUCUGCAUGCGGUCCCAGUGCUCUCUGGCAGCUGGCCACCUACCUGCACCAGGAGCAACUAUCGUCGGCUUCGGACAUAGCUUCCUUCAAUGCUACGAUCGGCGUUUGUCGAGAAGCCAGCCGAUGGCAAGAGGCGCAGAGGAUCUUCUCCGACCUGUGUCAGAAGAAUUACUUGCCAACGCUGCCCACCUACAAGGCAGUUAUCGGGGCUUGUGCUUAUGCGCAACUUUGGGCGCAUGCGCUGGAGCAUUUGCGAGAGCUCAAACAGAUGCAGGAUGCUCCCUGCAGUGACGUGAUCAUACAGUACGGGAUCGUGUCCAAGGCAUCUGCUGAGGCUGGCCGGAACGACAUCGAGCAAAUGCUGCUGAAUGAGGCGUGGGGGCUGUCUGUGCCUUUGCAUAUAUCCUCCUUCGUUUGUGAAUGGUUGAGUGUUCUUCACUGGGAAACUGCUCUUUCGUUUUUCGAGAUGCAGGCAGUCGACGUCCGGGCGCCACUCCAAACGUUGGAGAUGAUUGUUACCAUCGUCGAUGUAUUGCUGGCAGCAGGACGGCAUCCAGAUGCGUGGAGCGUUCUGCUGGCGGCACACGAGGAUGGCGUAUUGAAUUUGUGGGAGGAUCCAUGGACGCUAGAUUUGCACCAACUCGGUCCUUGUUCUGCUGCAGUGGCUGUGGCUGCUGUUAGUGCAAUGCUUCUGUCGCGGGCUUCUUUUCAUCGAUUUUGUGCCCGGGAUCAUUUGGUCAUCAUCACUGGACAAGGCCUUCACAGUCUUCAUGGUGUUCCACGUCUGCUGCCAGCCGUGCUGUCCUUGUGCGACACGCUGGGCUUGAAAGCAUCGCAGGACCGGUUCAACCCUGGCCGUCUGUUUGUGCCAGCAGCGACCCUGCAUGCACUGUGGCAAGGGGUCCAAAGCGACCCGUUUGCCACAGGUGUGCAUGAACUGUCAACAUCGGCGCAAAAGUUCAUCCAGCUCCGUUUUUGCUGCGGGUUUCGAGCGCGACGAUUCGGAGAGUUGCUUCCAGAGAGACCGAACUGGGAUCACCAGAACGGCUGCAAGGGCUGGCUUUGUCAUGCAAUUGUCGCACAACGAGAAUCUGCCCACUCCCCUGAACUCGUGUCACCAACAACACAGGUUCUCACAAGUUGA